CUUUCCACCUAAUACCAGUGUAUUACGUUUAACGUUUAACACCUGUGGACACACAAUGCUUCUUGCAGACAGAACUGUGACCGCGGGGGCCCGGCCAUGGCCCUCAAGGCGAGAUGCGAAAGAACUGGAUGGCCAAGGCAACACUCGCAUGACCGCAAAAUAUAUCCAGCAGCUGUGCCGAGAGCAGAAACUUUACCAAACGCCGGAACUGAAUGAUAAGCUCUAUCUUCAUUUCAAAGGGUUUGCCAAGAUUGAGAAUCUAGAAGCGUACACUGGUGUCAAAGCACUCUGGCUGGAAGGAAACGGGAUAUCCACCAUUGAGGGUCUAUCCGCUCUCACCGAGCUCAGAUGUCUCUACCUGGCGCAAAAUUGCAUCGAAACCAUCGAGAAUCUAGACGAGCUCAUUCAUCUCGAUACACUCAGUUUGAACAAUAACCUUCUCAAGAAGAUAGACAACUUGGCCUCGUUGAAGAAUCUCACGACGUUACAGCUCACCCACAACUUCCUGAAAUCAAAAGAGGACAUUUCUCACCUGGCCGAGUGCGAGUCAAUUACUGUCCUGGAUUUAUCCCACAAUAAAAUUGAGGAUCCGGAAAUUGUGGAAAUUUUUGAACUGAUGCCUAAUCUGGCUGUUCUGAAUCUCAUGUCUAACCCGGUGACGUCUAAAAUUCCAAACUACAGAAGGACAUUGAUCUCCCGCAUCAGAACGCUGACAUACUUGGAUGAUCGACCCGUCUUUGAUAAAGAGAGACUGGCCGUCGAAGCGUGGGCACGCGGAGGGAUAGAAGCCGAGAGAGAGGAAAGACAACGACAAAAAGAUGAGGAAAAGAAGGAGCACGAAAGGAGCUUUGAAGCAUUGAGAAAGCUUCAGGAUGACGCCCGAGCACGUCGACGUGAAAGAUAUGGCGAGGAGGAAGAGCCUGUCUUUUCACCCGAGGUUGAGAAAUUGCGGGAUGAAAUGUUGGACAAAAUAAAGGAACCAGAGGAGCGUCCGAAAGAAGCUGACGAGCCAACAUUAACAAAAUGUGCAGAAAUUGGUGAACGAAAUGCAGCUCCCAUUCGAUCUUUCACCGAGCUAUCGACUUCUGGAAAAAGAAUAGUAAUAGAGGAAGCAGAUGUCGAGGACAACGACAGCCAAAACGACCAAUUCCAAUUCCGAACACCGUGGGCCAAACCAACAGUGGGACCUCUCAUUGAAGAGUUACCUGUAAGGCACGGCGAUGACGUUGACGAUGAUGAUGCAAUUCCAGAACUCGAGGAGAUUAGUGUUGACUGGGCAGCAGCAAACCCAACAACUACCGGCUUCCCAGGCUGGGCUUCCACGCGAGAAAUAGCGGCGGCAAAGGUGAAUUCAUAUUUGGAAGAAGUAGAUGACACAGAGUAGAAAUGUCAGCAGUCGGGAAAGCCAUUCUACAAAUUAUAUACAGAACCAUCUAACUCUAAGCUCUACAUAAAAAGGGACUCUUAAACAGGAUUUCAUCUGUACUACACUCCCCUUCAUCAUACUCUUUACAAACCCAAAAGCCGGCAAAGCAUCUCAAUUUCCU